UGGAAGAAGAAGAAGAAAAGGAGGUCACGUAAGGUGUGGUUCCAGUGCACCCAGUUGGAGAACAAAUGGCAGCGCGCCAAAGGCGGUCGCGGACACAAUCACCAGGUCGUCGCAUAAUACAACCAAGGACUGGCCUUGAGGGUCUGGCGCAGGAGACCAUGGUGUGGAUGCGUCGUGGCCCAGAAUAUCAACAAUGUGAGGUCGUUCAACGAUGUUUCUCGCUUGCAAGUGGAUCCUUUACUGCUUACAUGGUGAAUAUGAACGGCGUUGUUGCGAUGACCUUCGAACGCCUUCUGAGACUUCAAGGCGGCGCUAAGGGAUGUUUCUGCUGCUGCCUCGGACAGGAGAUGAGGAUUGAAGCACCUCUUGGUAGACAAAUUGCGUCUAUUUCCGAAGAUUGGACCAUUGUUGGUACUUCGCUCACAAUGUAUGACGGAAAAGGGAUACGUGUAUUGACAGUUACUGGUCCCAUCUUCCCGCCGUAUUUCCAGGGCUCUUCGUCUACAGUCGUAUUCGAGGUGAAAACAAUGGCGGGCAAUACAGUGGGCGAGAUACGGAUCGCACAGAUGACCAGCGUCUCCUUUCCCAUUAAUCUGGAUGUCUACAUCAAAGGAUGUCUGAUCGGUUGCGCAAUUUUAGUCGAGUUCAUGUUUGACAUGAGAGGGUGGGCCCUCAACUGCUGGCAGUUCAUGAGAGGCAGUAGACGUUAUUGAAAACUGCCGAUGACAACGGGUUCUCAUGGCCGAAGAACCUAGUGAUUGCGACAUGAUGGUCAAUGCAGGAACGUCUUCUGCGUCGAGUGCAUAAAGACUACACAAAGGUGCAACUUGAUGUUUCACGUUGAGAAUGUCGCGAAAUACAAGCUCUUUAAACGAAACGGUGAGAUACCCCGGAAGCUGUGACUGGUGAACCCGAGCUGGAAGGUUCGAGCUAAAAUUACCGUUCCUUAAGAGGCGGUUACGAUUACCCGUCAAGCUUCGUUUUGGUCGGAAUAGGUGCCCCCCCCCCCCCCCAUUUUGUUCUAUAACUGAUUGUGAGUUAUAAGCAAAGAAUGCUGAAUAAUCAACAUAAUGAAAACAUGUUGUCCUCUGCUAGUUCUACACGGCAACCAUACAAGACUAAAAUGAAAGUGAUGCUGAUGGUACAUCCGACAAUGAAAUGCGCCAUACUGUAUUAUGUGGUGUUGUGGCGUUGCUAUUGUUAUGCCCAUGUUAUGAUGACCGUUUUUCGCACCUAGAAUAAAAGUUCCAUGAUAAAACUGCAAUAA